AUGUUCGGCCUGAAUGGUGCCAGAAGUGAGGGAUAUGUCCAAGAGCUGUUCCAUGAGGAAGCACAGCAGGUAUCUCAAACACAGACCAAGCCCUGGUGGAAGAUCCAGCUGUUUGUGUGGGAGCCAGUGCUUUUUGGAACGUGGGAUGGCGUCUUCACCUCCUGCAUGAUCAACAUUUUUGGAGUGGUUCUUUUCCUGAGGACGGGAUGGCUUGUGGGAAACACUGGCAUUGUAAUGGGCAUGUUUCUGGUGUCCUUUGUCAUCCUGGUUGCCCUGGUGACCGUCUUAUCUGGAAUUGGAGUGUGUGAGAAGUGCAGCAUCGGAAGUGGAGGAGUCUACUCCAUGAUUUCUACUGUCCUUGGAGGUCAAGUAGGGGGGACCAUUGGCCUCCUUUAUAUUUUUGGCCAGUGCGUUGCAGGUGCCAUGUACAUCACUGGCUUUGCGGAGUCCAUUGCGGAUGUCCUGAACCUCAGCAACAUCUGGGCAGUGCGUGGGAUCUCCCUGGCUGUCCUGCUGGGCCUGCUGGGGAUCAACCUGGCUGGGGUGAAGUGGAUCAUCAGGCUCCAGCUCCUGCUGCUCUUCCUACUGGCUGUCUCGACGCUGGACUUUGUCAUCGGGUCCUUUACACACCUUGAUCCAGAGCAUGGCUUCGAAGAGCUUAUGUUCAACAACACACUGCCGGACUACAGCCAAGGGGAGUCCUUCUUCACUGUUUUUGGAGUGUUUUUCCCAGCUGCCACAGGUGUGAUGGCUGGGUUCAAUAUGAGCGGAGAUCUCCAGAAGCCUGCUACCAACAUCCCCCUGGGGUCUCUGGCCGCUAUUGCCACCUCGUGGUUUCUGUACAUGGUCUUUGUUUUUUUGCUGGGAGCCGUUUGUACCCGUCAGUCACUCCGCUAUGACUUCAUGAUAGCAGAGAAGGUGUCCUUGGUGGGUUUCUUGUUUUUGCUGGGGCUGUACAUCUCAUCCCUGGCCUCCUGCAUGGGAGGGCUCUACGGAGCACCCAGGAUCCUGCAAUGCAUCGCCCAGGAGAACGUGAUCCCCAUGCUCGCCUUCCUUGGACGUGGGAAAGGACCCAACAAGACUCCAGUGGCUGCAAUUUGCUUAACAAGUCUCAUCACCAUGGCUUUCGUCUUCAUUGGGCAAGUGAACGUUCUUGCUCCCAUAGUCACCAUCAUCUUCAUGUUGACGUAUAUUGCUGUAGACUAUUCCUAUUUCUCAGUCUCCUUGAGCUACAACGUUCAGCAGAAACCUGACGAGACCCAGAUGAAAAACACUAGACCUGCUCACUCUUCUCAGCCUUUGAUUUUCAACAAGCCCUCCAGCCAUGAAGCAGAUGGAGUAAUUCAAAGCAGAUCGAACGGCACCUUACUGGAAUUCACAAAAGACAUGGACCAGCUUUUUAAACCAUUUCGUAGUGAGCCAGGUGCUUGCAAAAAAGGAAGAGCUGAGAAUUUAACCCAAAAGGUCAAACAAAAGAAGGCAAAGAAGCCUGCCAAGCAGACAUUACAAGACAGCUUUCUCCUAGAUCUCCAUGAUGAUGCUCCCUCAGCUCAGUACGGUGUGGAUGAGACCGCGGAGCCCCACAGCGAGAGCCGGCAGGACCUGGCUGAGCAGAACUGUCGAGAUGACGCGGAUCCGUACUCAUCACCCACUGUGGAUGCCCAGCAGAUACCAGGGCUGCCGGAGCAGGGGGAGCAGCUCUGCAGUGAGGUGCCAGUGCUCCCUGGCCAGAGGGGAGAAGAAUCCUCUAUAAGGCAACAAAAUCCAGAGCUGGGAAUUCAGCAAAUAACAGAAUCCUUCUACUCCAAGUUCUGCAAUCAUUGGGUUUCCUUUGCUGGUGCGAUCGUGUCCCUCAUCAUAAUGUUUGUCAUUCAGUGGAUCUACACCCUUGUCAGCCUGGCUGCAGCGGUUAUUCUGUAUUUCUACAUUGGCCAAGUGAGCCCAGGACUCCCCCUUGGAGCAGCAGCGAAUUUCAGUUUCUUUGGCUGGAUUAAGUCGGUUUUGAUCACCGCGUGCAGGAGAAAGCCAUCUCCCAAGGAGCAGAUCGUGGUGACACCAUCCUUUGCAACAGUUGGCAUGGAGACCACGCAGCUCACCGAGGAGAACGCAGACUUCGCCUCGCGGGACCGCUAUCACCAGUCCUCACUUAUCAGCAGAAAGGCGCUUGGGAGUCAAUUCCAGUAA